AUGCGUUCUGCUGUCAUCUUUGCCGCCUUGGCGGUUGGCGCUUGUGCUAGGGUUAUUGAGAAGGAGGUUUAUGUGACCGAGUGGACUACUACCACCAUCACCGAGACUGUCACCCAGUGGCCCACCAACGCCCCUAGCACUGCUGUUUUGGUCAAGCAGGAGCACAGCAAGCCUGCCAACGCUGCCCUUAACACCGUCGAUAUUACCAAGAAGACCACCGUCGAGUCCGCACCUCCUGCGGCCGCUACUCCUGCUCCCGAGGCUGAGGCUGCUGAACCCAGUAGCGCGACCACCUCGUCUUCGGCCACCGAAGCCGAAAUCCAGCCUGUGACCCCCUCGGCUGCCCCCGUCGCUACCUCUUCGGCAACGUCGACCACCGCCGCUGCCACUGCCGCUCCCAGCGCUCCCAGCGCUGCCAACUCCUACCAGGAGUCCGUCCUGCACUACCACAACAUUCACCGCAGCGACCACUCUUCCAGCGCUUUGACCUGGUCCGAUGACCUCGCGCAAGCUGCCCACACCCUCGCCUCGCGUUGCGAGUACGGACACGACACUUCCAUUCCGUCCGCCAGCGGAUCCUACGGCCAAAACAUCGCAUACGGUUACGAUGAGGCACAGGUUGGAGAGAAGAUCAUCAGCGAGAUGAUGUACACCGAUGAGGCGCCCUACUUCGCCAGCCUCUACGGUCAGGACAGCCCUGAUAUGUCGAACUUCUCUAAAUGGGGCCACUUCACUCAGAUCGUCUGGAAGGGCACCUCGCAAGUCGGUUGCGCCACCGUUAGCUGCUCUGACUUGAAGAAUGUCGGUGGUCCCGCCCCUUACACUGUCUGCAACUAUGGCUCCCCCGGUAACUAUGCCGGCGAGUACGCCGACAACGUCUUGAAGCCGAACAGUGCAUAA